CCGGAGCCCUUCGGUGGGGCAGAGCCGGGCCGGGCACCGCCGCCUGCAGCCGCACCGAGCCGAGCCGCGCCGACGGCAGCGGCCAUGUACGGUGUGUGCGGCUGCUGCGGCGCUCUGCGUCCUCGCUACAAAAGACUCGUCGACAACAUCUUCCCUGAGGACCCAGAGGAUGGGCUGGUGAAGACCAACAUGGAGAAGCUGACAUUUUACGCCCUGUCUGCCCCAGAGAAGCUGGAUCGCAUCGGCGCAUACCUCUCUGAGCGCCUGAUCCGGGACGUGAGCCGCCACCGCUAUGGAUACGUGUGUAUUGCCAUGGAAGCCCUGGACCAGCUCCUCAUGGCCUGCCACUGCCAGAGCAUCAACCUCUUUGUGGAAAGCUUCUUGAAGAUGGUGGCAAAGCUGCUGGAGUCGGAGAAGCCCAACCUGCAGAUCCUGGGGACCAACUCGUUUGUGAAGUUUGCCAACAUCGAGGAGGACACUCCAUCUUAUCACCGCAGCUACGACUUCUUUGUCUCCCGCUUCAGCGAGAUGUGCCACUCCAGCCACGAUGACCUUGACAUCCGGACCAAGAUCCGAAUGUCUGGUAUCAAAGGCCUGCAAGGAGUGGUGAGGAAAACAGUGAAUGAUGAACUCCAAGCCAACAUCUGGGACCCACAGCACAUGGAUAAAAUUGUGCCCUCGCUGCUCUUCAAUUUACAGCACGUGGAGGAGUCCGAAAGCCGCUCCCCCUCCCCGCUGCAAGCCACAGAGAAGGAGAAGGAGAGCCCCACAGAGCUGGCAGAGAGGUGCCUGCGGGAGCUGCUUGGUCGAGCGGCGUACGGCAACAUCAAGAACGCCAUCAAACCUGUCCUCAUCCACUUGGAUAACCACUCGCUCUGGGAGCCGAAGAUCUUUGCCACCUGCUGCUUCAGGAUCAUCAUGUACUCCAUCCAGCCACAGCACUCCCAUCUUGUGAUCCAACAGCUCCUGGGGCACUUGGAUGCCAACAGCAAGAGUGCGGCCACGGUGCGUGCAGGCAUUGUGGAGGUCCUCUCAGAGGCAGCAGUGAUUGCAGCCUCUGGAUCUGUUGGGCCCACGGUACUGGAGGUGUUUAACACCCUGCUGAGGCAGCUGCGACUCAGCAUUGACUAUGCACUGACCGGCAGCUACGACUGUGCCGCUGGUGUCGGCACCAAGAUCAUCAAGGAGCACGAGGAGAGGAUGUUCCAGGAGGCCGUCAUUAAAACCAUAGGGUCCUUUGCCAGCACACUGCCCACCUACCAGCAGUCUGAGGUGAUGGUCUUCAUCAUGAACAAGGUGCCACUGCCCUCCAUGCAGCACUCCAUCGAGGCUGGCAAAGCCGGGGAGAACCGGAAUCGACUGACACAGAUAAUGCUUCUAAAGUCCCUCCUUCAGGUCUCUGUGGGCUUCCAGUGCAGUAACAUGCUCACAGCGCUUCCCAGUGUCUUCCUGGACAGGCUGCUCUCUGCAGCCCUGAUGGAGGAUGCUGAGAUCCGCCUCUUUGUCCUUGAGAUCCUCAUCAGCUUCAUCGAUCGCCACGGGAACCGGCAGAAAUUCUCUCCCAUCAGCACCAUCAGUGACAUCUCGGUUCUGAAGCUGAAAGUGGACAAAUGUUCCCGCCAAGAUACUGUCUUCAUGAAGAAGCAUGGCCAGCAGCUCUACCGGCACAUCUACCUGAUCUGCAAGGAGGAGAGCAAUGUGCAGGCUCACUAUGAGGCUCUCUACAGCAUGCUCAUGCUCAUCAGCAUUGAGCUGGCUAAUGAGGAGGUUGUGGUGGACCUCAUCCGCCUGGUACUGGCUGUGCAGGAGAUUGCCCAGAUCAACGAGGAUAACUUGACAGAGUACAACCGCUGCGCACUCUUUGCCCUCUGUGCAGCUUACCUGAACCUCAUCAGCCAGCUCACCACUGUGCCCACCUUCUGCCAGAGCAUCCAUGAGGUCAUCCAGAUGCGACAGAAGGAAGCUCCCUACCUACUCCCCGAAGACGUUUUUGUGGAGAAACCCAAGUUGAGCAAGAGCCUUGACCGCUUAGGCCCAGAGGUCUUCUUCUGGCAGAGCAAGAUCAGUGAGGUGCUGGGAGGCAGCGGCUACAACUCGGACCGGCUCAGCACACCCUACAUCCCUCAGCUGACAGAUGAAGAUCGUUUGUCCAAGAGGAAGAGCAUUGGUGAGACCAUUUCCCUACAGGUCGAGGUGGAGUCAAGAAACAGUCCUGAGCGAGAGCAGCGAGCACCAGCAGAAGAGAUCACAUAUGAGACGCUGAAAAAGGCAAUAGUAGACAGUGUCGCCGUGGAGGAGCAGGAGCGGGAGCGGAGGCGGCAAGUGGUGGAGAAGUUUCAGAAAGCCCCAUUCGAGGAGAUUGCUGCCCACUGCGGUGCCAGGGCGACGCUGCUGCAGAGCAAACUCAACCAGAUCUUUGAGAUCACCAUCCGGCCACCUCCAAGCCCCUCUGGCACCAUCACAGCCGCUUACGGACAGCCCCAGAACCACUCUGUCCCGGUGUACGAGAUGAAGUUCCCGGACCUAUGCGUGUACUGAGGGCAGCCGUGCUGGUAGGGCAGAGCUCCCCAAGGACCCGAGGGGACAGCUCACACCCAAGAACCUCCAUCCUGGGGAGAGACUGCUGGCCCCGUGGGGUCGGGAUGGGUGGGGACACUCGCACUGAGGCCACCCCAAAAUUCUUUGGCACCACAAACCCGUCUCCAGUACUUUUAUUUCACGUCCCUCUGCCUCCUCCAUGCAUUGCGGCGGUUGGCGGUACGGGAGGCUCGGGGCACAGCCUGAGGUGGGUGUUUGCUGUGACUUCCCUCUCUGCCUUCCUCUUUCGGGAAGGUGAGAGGCGAUGCUCUGGUUCCAGGCAGAGCAUGUACAUCUUCCUGGCUGAAAACAAACCUAUUCCCUGGGGAAUCCCUCCUUGCAUUGUGUCGGCCAUGGCAAGAGCCCCUGGCAAGGGGCAAGGCUGAAGCUGGAGGGGAUAAAAAGCAGGAGGGGAAUUGGGGUGCAGUGUGGAGACCCUGGCACAGACCCAAAACCACAGCUUGCCCAAGCUGGUGCUUGAGGUGUGUUGCUAGAGGGGGAAUGAUCCCCAUGUACAGCUCCCUGGCCUGUGAAUUUGGAUCUUCCUUCAGCCUCUGAGUGCUUCACGGUGCCCCGAUGCCCUGGUUGGAGGAGGUGCCCAGUGCAGCACCAGGGUGGCAAACCCCCAUCCCACUGUGGGGGCACACAGCAGCCUGGCUGGUUCCAGGUUACUUGAAAACACAGUUUCUGUGGGAAAACUCACUUUUUUUGGGGAGGGAGAACCUCUAAGAGCUAUGCCUCUCGCCCAGGUUGCUGGUAGGAGUGUGAUGGGAUGCCUGGAGCGGUGACACAAGGCACAAGCAACCACCAUCCUGGAGAACAUUAACACAUUAACCCACUGUUUUCAUACUUUUGAGUUGGGUUGUUACAGUUUUGAUGUUCCUGUCCCAAAGAAAGAAUUAUUUAUGGGGUUUUUUUUUAGCAGAAUCACUUUGACAAAGUUCAAUCUUAAAACAGCUGAGCCAUAACUACAAAGAAACUCCAGUGAUGCAGGGAAUUAGCUGCUAUAGGGAGGGUUUUGCAGGGUUCACCCUGCAGACCCUGUAUCUGACUGGGUUUUCUUAUUGUACAGUAGGAUAAAACUGGAUUUGACUGGGGGAAGGAGAGGAGUUUUACUCGAGAAUUUUGCUUUAGACACACAUGGUAGAAAAUUCUGGAUCCUGCCAAACCCAAACUGCACGGUGAAGAUGGUAGGGAUGAGGAAGAAAGGUCAAGUGGGGAGAUUUAGUGGUUGGUGGAGGCAUUUGGUUGUUCAGAGCAGGUAUUUAGCUGUUGACAGGAGGUAUUUGGUCAUUGACAGAAGGUAUUUGGUCUUUGACAAGAGGUAUUUGGCUAUUGGCAAAGGGUAUUUGGCCAUUGAUAGUGAGUAUUUGGUCAUUGGCAGAGGGUAUUUUGUCAUCAAUGGGAUAUUUGGUCAUAGGCAGGGGGUAUUUGGUUGUUUGCAGCAGGUAAUUGGUCAUUUAUGAGAAUAUUUGAUCACAGAUGAGGGUUAUUUGGUUGUUCAUAGCAGGUGUUUGGUCAUAGGUGAGGGAUAUUUGAUCAGUGAUGGGGGAGUAUUUGGUCAUUGACAGAAUCUCUCUUGCUCCCAAACACCUUUCAGGUGUCGGUGCACUAAGGCUGUUUGCAAGGUGAGUUUGAGAGCAUUCAGUCGGACGGACACUGCCUGCAGCUUUCCCCCCGACACCCUCUCAGCAGCUUGAGGGGCACAGGGGUGUCUCCUGUGAGCUCGGGCAGCCCCUUUC